AUGAAUUCAAUGGAAAAUGAUAUUUCAAAGGUAAAAAGUUUUCAGGAGAGCCUUAAAGAAAGUUUAGAAGAACAAGAAAAAUUGAAAAGUAAUCUGUUGUUGGCAAAAGCUGAAAGUAGCCGAUUGAAAAGUCGAAUUGAAUCAGGUAAACCGAAAAGUAAACAAUCUUUAAAUGAAGAAAUAGAGGAAAUGCAAAUCAAGAAAAAAGUACUGAUUAAAAAGUUGAUCAGUGGACAACAAAGGCGAAGCAAGGAACAGGAGGAAAUACUAUCAGUUCGAGCAAAUAAAGAAAAGAUCAAAAGCCUAAUCAAAGCAGAACGUGAAAAUUGGUUGGAUGAAAGAAUUCGUCAGUUAGAAGAAUGUAUUGAAUAUUCAGGAAACCACUGGUUUAUCCAAUAUUUUCCCGAUGCAAAUCAUGAAUAUGAACUAGAAGAAAAGAAGGAGGAGAGUAACGAGUUAUUAUCAACUGAAAAUGAAUAA